AUGUACGUCAUAGCCCUCCUGGGGAACUUCACCAUCCCAUGCAUCGUGAUGACAGAGCCAAGACUCCAUGAGCCCAUGUACUAUUUCCUCUGCAUGCUGGCUGUCACCGACCUGGUUCUGGUGACGUCCAUCCUGCCAAAAACACUGAGCAUCUUCUGGUUCAAUUCCAGGGAGAUUGAUUUUAAUGCCUGCCUCACCCAGAUGUUCUUCAUAAAAGGCUUCUUCAUGACUGAAUCAGGAACCAACAUCAUCCCCAACACGCACUGUGAGCACUUCGCCGUGGUGAGCCUGGCCUGCGCCGACAUCCGAGUCAGUAGCUACUAUGGACUCUUUGUUAUCUUUUUUGUGACCGGUGUGGACGUGGUUUUCAUUGUUCUGUCCUAUUUCCAGAUCAUCCGGGCCAUCUUCAAACUCCCCAGCAAGGACGCCCGGCUCAAGACCUUUGGGACGUGCGGCACCCACCUGGGGGCCAUGCUGGCCUUUUACAUCCCACGUCUCUUCUACUCACUUGCGUCUCGCUUUGGAGAGAACAUGCCCCUGUAUUUUCAUAUUCUGAGUGCCAACAUGUACCUCCUGCUGCCCCCCACGCUGAACCCCAUCAUCUACGGGGUGAAGACCAAGCAGAUCUGGGACAGACUGCUCUGGGUCUUCACUCUUUGUGGGGGAAAAGUUUUCUCCUGGUGCUGUGGCUCUCAGACAGAGCUGAGGGCUGACAGGGUGCCGGGCCCGCUUCCCUGA